AUGGCAGGGCCAACUUCACCGGGCGCUGAAGGCCCCACGUAUGCCCCGCCCCAUCUUCCUGCUGGCUGGAUUGCCCAGUGGGAUGGUGCGAGCAAGAAGUACUACUUCGUGCAGCUCUCCACGGGUGUCUCGCAAUGGGAGACCCCGACUGAUGCCGCGCCCACCGGCGCGACACCUGCUCAACCUUCCGAUCACCCCUAUGGUGUUCCUCAACCCGAGGUCAUCACCCAUCCCGACGGCAGCCAGACGGUGAAGCAUGCCGAUGGCACCCUCGAACCCGUCAACCCCUCCAUGCCUCCCGACACUACCAGUACGAGGGGCAUCGACGGUCAGACAGGCGAUCGCGGACUCGGCAGCAUGGCCAUGAAUGCGCUUCUUGGCAGCGGCAAGAACUCGAAUCACGGCUCCUCUUCCGGCAACCAAAGCAGCUCAAGCCCCUUCGGUGGCAUUGCCAGUCAAUUGAUGAACGGUAUCGGUGGGCACGGUAACAGUCACGGGAGUAGCAGCGGGGGCGGCAAGAGUUCACUGGGCAAGAUUGGCAGCUCUCUAGCUUCAAGCCUGCUCUCGAGCGGAAAGCAGUCUCAGCAGGGCCAGUCACAAAACUACCACGGCGGCCAGUCAUCGAGUCAUCAACAACAAGGUGGUCUGGCUGGAUCUCUAAUGGGUGGCGUUGCCACCAUGUUUGGCGGAAACAAGCAGAGCCACGGUGGCAACAACGAUUUCGGGUACUCCAACAAUGCUUCUGGUGGCAGCGGAGGCGGUGGCUACACCGGCCAGGCUCCUCCUACUUCUUACCAGCCACCUGGUUCCUCCUCGCAUAACCAGCACUCAUCUACUCCAGCGGGGGGUUCAUACCACUCUCCUGCGCCGAACCAGGGCCAGAACCAUUCGCAGCAGUCAUAUGCUCCACCUCCUAAUCAAUACCCCCCUCCGCCAAACCAAGGACAAUCUCAUCACAACAACUCCUACGGCGCGCCGUCUCAACAGUCCCAUGCUCAGUCCUACCCACCUCCCCCCUCCAGCGGUGCCCCUUCGUAUGGUCAGCAGCCCAGCUAUGGCGCCCAGCCAAACCAGCAGCACAACCAGCAACAACAACAAUACGGAGGAUAUAACCCCGCCACCUAUAGCAAUGGUCCUCAGGGCCCUCAGACUGGAGGGGGCUAUCCCAGCCAACCUUCGUACGGCGGCCAGCCUUCUCAACAACCUAGCUAUGGCAAUCACUACUAG